UCUAACAAUGAAGGUCGCCAUUGUUCUCCUGGUACUGUGUGUUGUCCAGUACAUCAGUGCUGAGACAUGUAGUAGUGUUGGUGACUGCUCAAAUACAAGCUGUGAUUCUGCGCAUACAUUGGAGUGUCACAGUGGCCAGUGCACAUGCGCAGCAGGAGCUUGCUCAACAGCUAGUGAUUGUUCAGGACAUUGUAGAAUCUUCGGACGUAAUGGCAAAUGGCACUGUAUUGACCAACACUGUAGAUGUUUCUUUGUAUAAUUAUUACAAGAGUGCUCUAAGAACAUGUGCAACAAUAAACACUAUGUUUAAACA